AUGAGUACUCACCUAUAUGCAUUGCUAGCCCUAGUUCUUUUGUUACUUUCAAGACCAGCUAUGCCUUCUCCUGAUGAUAAUAAGGUUUCCUGCUCGACAAUCGUGUCGAAGUUAACCCCCUGUAUCGAUUACAUCAGUGACAAAUCAAACGAGCCGUCAAAGACUUGUUGUGCUGGGGUUAAGGAAAUUAGCGAUUCUAUUAUAAGCAGAUCAGAUAAGAAGGAUGCAUGCGAGUGCCUCAAAAAUACGCUAAGCAAGAUUAAAUACGAUCCCGCUCGCAUGCCUUCACUUCCGAAGAAAUGUGGGGUGUCCCUUAAUCUUCCUCCUAUUACCAACAGCACUGACUGCUCCAAGUGUGAAUCCUUCUAUCUCUUAAAUUAA